ACAAAUAAUGAGACUUUGAUUCACCCAGGAGUUGAUAAAUUCAUAAUAGGCCUCUUUCAUUCUCAUUCUCAUGAAAAUUGAAUUUUGUGUUUUUACAUAAACUUUGAAUUGGAUUUGGAGAGCCUUUGUCAAAAGGGGUCUUCUUUACAAAUCUCCUUAGUUUUUUACACUGUGACUUUGGUUUUGCCGUUCGAAAUGGAGGAUAAUGGUGUUGAAGGAGGCAAAGCUACUGCACUUGGAAAGGAUAAUGGAAAGCUGGAAAAAGAUUCAGGAGCUGGUGAUACCAUCAUAUUUGGCUCGUUUGGAGAUGGAUUUGUUGAAGGGGAUGCCAACGAUGAUGUCGCGGAUUCCAAUACCCCGAAAAAUGUUGCUGAAGAAUUUCCUGCACCUAUGCAGAUUCAUUCUUUUUACUUUUUCAGAUGGAGACCUUAUGAUGAUCCAUCUAUCAAAGCGAAGAUUGAUCAGCUUGAUAAAGAGAUCAACAAGAAAAAUGAAGCUCGGUUUCAGAUCACUGAAGCGCUGAAUGCAAAGUGGUCGAAAAGAUCAGAGUUGAUUUCUCAGAUUAAGAUUCUAAGAGGCGACAACAAGCAGUUGCAGAGCAUUAUCAAUGAGAAAAUGGAAGAGAUUCAGCCUCUGCAGCAGGCACUGCGAAAGCUGCGUAACUUGAAUAAUGCAGGUCGGCGCCGUAUAUGCUCGUCUGAGGAGGAACUUAACGAUACAAUAUAUAGCUUGCAAUACCGCAUUCAGCACGAGAGCAUUCCAUUGAAUGAGGAAAGGCAAAUUGUCCGAGAAAUCAAAAAGCUUGAGGAUACAAGGGAGAAAGUCAUUGCCAAUUCUGCAAUGAAGACUAAGUUAGAGGAUACUAUUGGGCCGAAAGAUGCCAUCCAAGAUCAGGUUAAGCUUAUAGGUGGGGAUUUGGAUGGUUUGAAGAAGGAGAGACAAGCGAUUCGAUCCAAAAUCAAGCAAAUUGAGGAUGUGCUGGAAACCAUUUACACAAAUAUCCAGUCUCUACAGGAAGAACUGAUAGAUGUUACUCAGAAGAGAGAACAAGCUUUUGAGAGCAUUCAGAAGCUGAGGAAACAACAUAAUGAGGGGAACUCCUAUUUCUACCAAAAUCGUACACUUCUGACCAAGGCACGUGAUCUGGCUGCUAAGAAAGAUGUUACAGCUGUUUAUGAACUUUUACAGACAGAGGGUGAGAAAUUCAUGUCGCUUUGGAAAGGUGGCAAAACUUUUAGGGCUGAUUAUGAGAAAAGAAUUAUGUCAUUGUUGGAUAUGCGACAGCUCGGUAGGGACGGGCGUGUGAGGAACCCCGAUGAAAAACCACUGCGGGAAGAACUGAAACCUGCUGCUGAACUUGAGGCAUUACCAAAAGCCGUCGCAAAACAGCCAAAGGAGGAGCCUAAGCCUUCUCCAGUUGAAACUUUGCCAGCUCAGAAACAAACCAAAACCAAAAGUAAAGAUUUGAAAACUAAAUCGGAUAAUAAGGAUUUAGAAGCAAUUAAUGAUGAUUAUGAAUUUGAAAAUCCUCAUAAGGAGAUCUCUGCUGCGAAAGUGCCUAAAAUCGAUCCAGCGAAAUUAAAACAGAUGAAAAGAGAAGAGGAAAUUGCAAAAGCAAAGCUUGCUGCGGAAAGGAAGAAGAAGUUGGCAGAGAAAGCUGCAGACAAAGCAGCUCUCAAAACACAGAAGGAAGCUGAGAAAAAACUUAAGGAUCGCGAGAAGAAAGCAAAGAAGAAAUCUGGAGCUGUUACCACUCCCCUGGAGGAACAGGAAGAUGUAGAAGUUGAGGCAAUCGAACAGGAAAUGGUGAAUGAUGUUGUCGAGGCCCCGGCUCCAGUGAAGGAAAAGGUCGCAAAGGAGAGUGGUGUCAGGUUCCGAAGCCGAGCAAAAGGACCAGAGUCGAUUCAAAAAGCUAUUAUGAAGCGGAAAAAGUCCAACAAUUACUAUACAUGGAUUACUGUUGCUGCUUUAUUAGUGCUGCUGCCGUUGGUGCUUGGAUACACCUAUCUUCUCUAAAGAAGUAGUUUAGUUCUAGAAGGAGCUGUGAAACCAAUUUACCUCAUUGAAUUGACAAAAAACA